AUGUCGGCCCGUUACGAAAGGGUCAACGCCCAAGCCGACGACGAUGACGACCAUCACAACGACACGCCAACACCCACCAACAACCCUACGUCGAGACCAUCGAUUCCCAACUCGCCACCACCAUCCUUCCACUCCCGCGCUUCCUCCAUCCACAACAACCAACGCCCCGUGAAUCCCGACCUCGCCGAUGCCUUUGGCGCCGACGAAGAUGACGACGACAGCGACGAUGACGCCGACGACAGACAGCGCUUGAUGCGACGGAACUCUUCGCCGACGGACGCCUCCGGGGCAGCGGGAUCGACUGACGUGACAUCCGGAGGGAGUUCGAGGCCCGGGCCGGAAAGGCAAACAACACAGUUACCAGCUACACCAUACACGGCGACAGCGGGAGGAUCAACGACGCGGCCGUCAGGAAGGGUUUACGGUGGUGGUAUCCAGAACGAAGGUGUCUUUUCGAACUUGACAGCCAAGCCGGAACGAAAUAAUGGCGCUGAGAAGGAGGAGUUGCCUCCUUCCUACGAACAAGCAGCCGCAGACGCCGCCCCUCCCUACUGGGAAACCACCAUCCUCGCCCCCGGCCUCGGCGGGCCCGACGACGUUUACAUCGAAGGCAUGCCCGUCGGUUCCAUCGUCUCCUUCAUCUGGAAUGGCAUGAUCUCCAUGUCCUUCCAGCUCGUCGGCUUCCUGCUCACCUACCUUUUGCACUCCACCCACGCCGCCAAAAACGGAUCGCGCGCCGGCCUGGGCAUCACGUUGAUCCAGUUCGGCUUCAUGAUGAAGGGCACGCAAGAUUCCGGCGCCGAUGAUGGAUCGGGUUACACGGCCCCGCCAGAUCCGAACUCGCACGAUUUUGACCCGGGCCAGGUGGACGAUAACAGGGGAGGAGACAGUUGGGGAUCGGUAGAUUCGAGCGAUUGGGUGGCGUAUAUCCUUAUGUUGGCCGGCUGGUUUAUCUUGAUCAAGAGCGUUAGUGAUUAUUUGAAGGUCAGGAGGCAUGAGAUGUUGGUGCUGCAGAGCCCGGAUAGAGGGUUGGGGAUUCCGAUAAUUGCUACAGGGGAGGCGCCGGAGCGGGUGGUAUAA